CAUUAAUUUAUUGACAUUACAGCAGUGGCGAAUUUUGUUGACGUUCUUGUUGGAGGAGCUAUAAUACAUUUGUAAUAUCAAUUCAUAUCAGAAUUUUUUAAUUUGCUUAAAAAUUAGUAACAUAAUCUGACAAAAGUGUCAAUUGUUAAAUCAUAUUUCUCACAAGAGUGGCAAAUGUUUCACAAGCAAAAUGUACUUUCCAAUAGGUUGGCCCAAAGUUCUGAAAAAUCUGGGAGCAGAUAAUCAAAUUAUAAAGCAAAUCGUGUCGAAUAGAGACAAGAUAUUGUUUGCUUCCUUGAGUGAUGACUGUUUAGCUGUAUGGUUUUGUAAGCCAAGUGUCCCCAUUGUGUACCACAAGAGGAGUACAGAAUCUCUUCAAAGACUUGGAGUAAAUGUCGGAGUGGAAUGGAAACCUGAUUCCUCUAUGAUAUGCAUCUCUACCUCAGAAGGGCAUCUAAUAUUGUACAAUGUAGAAGCUCAUAGUGAACAGACUGCGUACCAACAAUAUGACCCACCCACUGCAAGUUUACGUCGAGACUCCGCGGAGUUAUUUGUCAAGGAGGUCAUACCAUCUUUGAAAAUUACUCUGUUAAAAGAGGUGUUAGUAUGGGAUGGUCAGAUCACACGGAUGUGCUGUAUAUCUGGCACAGAGAUUCUGGUAUGUACCACCAGAGCCCAUCUACUGCGAUACCGGUGGGAUGGUACGCAGAACCGGGAUUACUGUCUCGACCUUGGAAGAAUACCAUUUUCCAUCAACCAACAGGUUUCUAAAGCGGAGCCGAUAUUAGAAGACAACACACAUGUAAAUGACAUAGAAUACUCGCCGCUGGUGUGUGGGUUUGGGAUAACUCUCAAUGACGGACGGGCCGCCUAUCUCACGGCUCCUAAUCUCAAGUUUGAUCCUAAUGCCGUUCAAGGAAUUUGGGCUCCUGGCAUUGAUGACGCGACUUGCGCAAGAGUCAACCACAAGUUUAGAUUAAUUGCUAUUGGCAGGAAAAAUUCUCAAGUGGACGUGUUCACGAUAGACGAGGCGACGGGUGGCUUGGAGCUGUCACAUACGAUGGUGCUCAGCUCCAAAGACUUUCCCGGCGACCCUGGACCUGUCAAGUGUAUGAGAUGGACAGCAGACGGUCGUGCAGUAGCAGUGAGUUGGGAGCGAGGCGGGGUGUCGGUGUGGUCCACGUUCGGUGCCCUGCUCAUGUGCUCGCUGGCCUGGGACUACGGACUCAACCAGGACCUUGGCAAGUCCAAUCCUUUGGUUGUGUCUAGUUUAGAAUGGGCGACUGAAGGGUACCAGCUCUGGAUGGUGAAAGUGGAAGGAGACUCCAGCACUAACAUCAUACAACUGGAUUUUGUGAAGAGUCCACUGAGUGUAAACCCUUGCAUGAGCAAUCAAAGACACCUCUACUUACAAGCAGAUGACAAACUGUAUGUGAACUUAGAAGACAAUCUAACGAAACGUACAAAAAUCUCAAUCAUUGACUCGUCUUCAGAAAUAUACCAGGCGGAGAACGGUCUACCCGACCAGCCUACGUUGGAAUAUGAGAGUAGUACUAACUAUAGGGAGUUUGUUGACGACAACGAGUGCAGGAAACAGUGGAUAGUGUUGCCUCUACCGGCUACUUAUAUUGCUACCAAUUGGCCGUUGAGGUACAGCGCAAUAGACGAGGCGGGCGUGAACGUAUGCGUGGCGGGCCGCACGGGGCUGGCGCACUACAACUGCGUGGCGCGGCGCUGGAAGCUGUUCGGGAACGAGGCGCAGGAGAAGGACUUCGUCGUCACGGGCGGCAUGCUGUGGUGGAGGGAUUAUAUUGUUAUAGGUUGCUACAGCAUUCUAGACGGUCACGACGAGAUUCGCUUCUAUCCCCGAGAAGCGAAGUUGGACAAUAGAUUCGCGAAGAUAGUUCGUGUACAAUCGCAAGUGUUCGUGCUCGACAUCCUGGAUGACCAGCUCGUGGUCUUCGGAGCUGAUGCCCUCGUCACCAUAUAUGAACUUAACUGCAUUGAUAAUACGGGGACGAUAGAGAUGCGCUGCGUGCAGGCGGUGGACGUGUCGGCGCUGUCGCACCCGGCGUGCGUGGUGGCGGCGCAGCUGUGCCGGCUGCAGGACCCGCCGCACCGCGUGCGCGCCUCCACCGUCUGCGUGCCCGUGCAGCGCCAGCCAGACUCCUUGGUGAUCAACGCCAGCGGUAAGCUGAUGAUGGUGCAGCGAGAAGAAUAUGACGUUGAUGAAGACAAUAAUCCGGCCUAUAGCUGCCUUCCAGCAACAGUUCUAGCAUCUUGCGUGGAAAGUGUCUGGUCCUGUGGCAGUGUGACUGGCUCACAGACACAACUGUCCCGAGCUCUAUGGCUCUGGUGUGGCGCUCUAGGCGCGAGAGUCUGGCUCCCCUUACUACCACGAGAUACGACCAGACACCCUGACUCGAGCAGACAUACGUUCAUGGCUAAAAGGAUCAUGCUGCCUUUUCAUCUUAAUAUUUAUCCAUUGACAAUUUUAUUCGACGAUGCCAUCCUGCUGGGAGCGGAGAACGACACAACUCUCUACGCUUCAGACUCCAGCUCAGUAUUCUCGCUGCCAUUCUGUGUCGUCAAUAGAACAAGCCAAGUCUACCUUCAUCAAAUUCUGCGGCAGCUGCUCCGUCGCAACCUAGGGUACCACGCGUGGGAGAUCGCACGCUCAUGCUCACAGCUAGCUUACUUCCCUCACUCCUUGGAACUGCUCCUUCAUGAGGUGUUGGAGGAAGAGGCCACCAGCAAGGAACCAAUACCUGAUGCCCAACUGCCGUCUAUUAUUGAAUUUGUUCAUGAAUUCCCCGUGUAUUUGCAGACAGUGGUACAAUGUGCGAGAAAGACAGAGAUAGCGCUAUGGGCGUAUUUGUUCUCAGCAGCGGGGAAACCGAAGGAAUUGUUCCAGGAAUGCUUACAACGCAAGAUGCUGGAUACCGCCGCCUCUUAUUUAAUCAUAUUACAGAACUUGGAAAGUUCAGCGGUGAGCAGACAGCUAGCGACACAACUCCUCGACACCGCCCUGCAGCAGGAGCGGUGGGAUCUCGCCAGGGAUCUCGUCAGAUUCUUGAGAGCUAUAGAUCCAAACGACGUGGAUUCACCGAGGAAUUCGGUGAACGUUCAAGCGAAAUACGGACAGGUGGUGCAGUCUCAGACUGUCAGUCCCAACGCUGAGGACCUGUCCGUCAUACUGGGCAGCAUGCAGUUGGCUGGCGGCCGCGGCCGUAGCUUCAGUACGACAGUAUCCCCCCGCGAGCCCUCGCCCCCCGCCCCGCCACACGCACCCCCCGCACGGGCCACUGCCGCUGUUAAGAGGAAGAAGUCUGUUCCUGCAAGAUCUGAAAGGGAUUCAUAUAGCGGGACAGCAGAAGAAUUCUUCAUAGAUAUGAUGAUACAACGUCAUGCGCGACUCCUUCUAUCUACCGCUCGACUUUAUGCGCUUGGUAAAAUGGCCGCCGCUUUAGACGUACACCUUGUUGCUUGGUUGGCCGGUGAAAGGGAACGAGCGGCCAGGGUAGAUAACGCAGUACUCUGUGUCAAGAAACUGCAUGAAGACUUUGCUUGGCCAUACCCUGUCAUUAAUGAAACGGAACAGUAUCUUCAGCGGAAGGGGAGCACUGUUGCAAGUACAUAUACACCCUCAGCGGAAUCAGAUAGUUUAUGCGGAGACAGCGGGUACAUGAGUCUACCGCUACGAGCUGCUUUACCGUUGAUGACUGGCGCAGUACCUGUGUCGCCUGGACCUGUGAGUUCUGCGGGAGAAGGCAGUGUAGCCGAGGGUGGUGGCGUGGCGUGGGGCGGCGAUGCUCUCGGUGCCGGGGAGGAACGACGGUACGCGGCACUCAUGGAGCGUCUGCAUCACCACCAGGCCGAGCGAGGCUCGCAUACUGCGCAUGUACAACUCAGAUACUAUCUACAGUUAAUGACGGAAGCUAGUUGCGUCGAGUGGGCAGUAAUAGUAGCGGUAGUACUCCGCGACGCGCUGGCCGUGCUGCGAACUACGAACGCGGCGCGGGGGAACGACGUCAGUCUCGACGCCGUACGACGACUGCGACGGACGCUGCAGGACAUCUGUGCGUGGACUGACGCUGAGUGUCUCGGCUACAAACCUUUCAUGAUGGCGAUCAGCAAUCAAAUCCCGUUCCUAACAUCGAUAAUCAACACUCGAGAGCGUCGACUGUCGAUGACAAAGUCUCGUGUUCGGACGCCUAGCACUAGCUCUUUAGGACAAGAGGUAAAACCAAAACCACAGAGUCAGGAAACUAAGCUCCCACCGCCACAAAAGGCCGAGGUAUCUAAACAAGCUGUGAGGAAAGAGUCAGCGGGGGUGGAGCCUGUCCCGUCGGUGGCCCCGCCCACGCCCCGCCCACCUGCGCCUGCGCGCGAUGACGUCUCCACCGGCUGUGUGCUCAUGUAAACCUCUUAAGCAAAUGUCAACGAGACGAAAUAAUUUGACGAAUUUGUCAUACUAAAACAACUAAAGUAAGUUGUUUUUUUAUUUAAAAAAAGUUAAUACAGAAGUAUGAUUUCAAUUAUAUUAAUGCCAAGGAAAAAUUAACGUUAUUCCACACAGUUAAAGUUGCUUGUUAUAAGUAUUCGUUUUAUUUCGUCUCGAUGACACGGCUUUCACGUUACGUAGUGUAAGUAAAAAGGUUAGUGUCAGUAUCAAUUUUAUUAAAAUAGUUGUACGAAUUGGUGUCUAAAGGCGGCCGUUGAAGCGAAAGUUUUUUUAUUAAAAAAGAAAAUUGAUGCUGUCACCCAAUUUUGUAUGAAACGUUUUGUAUCUGGAAUUAGACAAUUUUCUUCUACAAAUAGUAGUACUAGUUUAGUAGACGUCUGUCGAGAUUCUAGAUAGUAUUAAAAUUAAGAAUUAAAUUUGUUAUUAAUAAAUUUCAUACUUUCGUACUCUAGUAAGUUUCUUAUACUAUAUUUAUUAAAAAAUCUUCACUUUCGUCUCGACGUGUUUACUAUUUACUAAUCAAUGUACUUGUUUUGUAAAUAAUUAGGUAAAAUUAAAUGAAUCUUGUAGUAAGCUACUUUGGAACUUAUGAAUGAAAGUAGGUAUAGCGAAAGAUAUAUUAUUAUAAUUUUGGUGCUGAAUAAUGUAUACAUCUCGAUAUUUAUUUGUGUAAAUGAAUUUAUUUUUCUCUAGUCUAUUCUUAACUUUUAACAACUUAUUUCCACCAAUCUACAGAGGAGGCCGAAGUAAGGAACUUGAAUAUUUGAAAAAAGAAUGCAUGUUGCAUAAAGUGUCGACGUAAUAUUUUUACCUUUAUUUUCAUUGUGCCAGUUAAAAACUAAUUUAAAAUGCAACCUCUUUUUUUCAUCCCUUCUAUUUUUCUACUCUUUGGUCUCCAAAAUUAGUCUAAUUUCACUAUUAUCUAUUUGAAUGUUUAAUAUUAUUGUACUUAUAAAUAAUGGUAUUACAUAGUAGUUAAUAUUAAUUUAUCUCAUAUUUUAUUUUGAAAUCAAUACGGACAGCUAGUGUAGAUAUUAAGUCUAUGGGUUGGUCAUCCUGGACGAUAUUAGUAUGAAUUUAUUAUGUAGUUAUUUGGUAUAUAGGUUUAUGUGUAAUAAAUGUUAUUUAUAUAAACUUGUGUUAGGUAUUAUGCCAAAGGUGAAAAAACCUAAAAAAAUAAUAUUUUGUCUCUGGUAAAAAUAACAAAAACGGUUACAGUUGCGUCAGAAAACAUUAACGAAUUUAAAACACUUUUGCUUUAGAUUUUUAAGUCUCGAUCGUGACAUUAAAACAAGCAUUAGUUUUUUUGCGUACCAUUAAAAAUCAGCAAAAACAUCGUGGCGUCUUUUAACUUUUCACAAAUCAGAGACUAGACUUGUCUUAGACCACGUUUUAUAUUAAAUAAAAACAGUGAUACUUUAAUAUACUUUAUCACUUUAUGUUAUAAGCAAGUUAUUGGCUUCAACUACUAGACAGUUUUUUCUCUAUGAAAUAAUUAUCCGGUUAAAGAAUUCGACUUUGGGGUUAAAUAAUUAUCUCUAUUUUUCCAUCUUAGCAUCAGAUUCAGGUCGAGUAUUUAAAUACUAACAGUACAAGUAGAUGUAGAAUAAAUACUAAAUAUAUUUUAUCAGUAUAUUAUAUAAAAUUAUUUGAUUUAAUUUUGUCAAUAGAUUCGUCCGUAAGAACAGCAAUAAUAUUGGUAUAGUGUUGUGACUUAUUUUGCUCAUACAUACGAUGAUUAUUUUAUUUCUUGUGUUGCUCAACGUAUAAUCUCAUCGUUGUAUUUAGUGCUCAGAGAAUAUUUAAAAUUAUUUUAUUUUUAUACAAUGAUAAUCGUGAGACAUACUAAAUUAGUAGCUUCAGAGGGGUUAGUUCAAUUUUCUUUUACGUUUAACGAGAUCGAAACGUUACCGUCUUCGGUGCUCCGAUUGGUUGAUUCUUUGGAGCUGGCCAAUCAGAGCCUUUAGCCAAAAGCCACUUUAGCGCUUGUCUACAGAGAGAGUAGAA